UACAUUACUUUUUCAGAGGACCAAAUUCCCCGUGGUUUCCCCACCAUUGAUAUGGGUCCCCAGCUGAAGGUGGUCGAACGAACUCGUACAGCUACCAUGUUAUGUGCAGCCAGUGGUAAUCCUGAUCCCGAAAUAACUUGGUUCAAAGAUUUCUUACCUGUUGACACAAGCAACAACAAUGGCCGCAUCAAGCAAUUACGAUCAGGUGCCCUCCAAAUUGAACUGAGUGAAGAAUCUGACCAAGGCAAAUAUGAAUGUGUUGCAACCAACAGUGCGGGUACACGCUAUUCUGCCCCUGCCAAUCUAUAUGUCAGAGUUCGACGGGUCCCACCAAGGUUCUCGAUCCCCCCCACCAAUCAUGAGAUCAUGCCUGGCGGGAGUGUAAAUAUCACGUGUGUUGCAGUGGGGUCACCAAUGCCAUAUGUUAAAUGGAUGCUAGGAGCAGAAGAUUUGACACCUGAGGAUGAUAUGCCAAUAGGGAGAAACGUCCUUGAGCUUAACGAUGUCAGGCAGUCUGCAAACUAUACUUGUGUUGCUAUGUCUACCCUUGGUGUUAUAGAAGCAAUAGCACAGAUAACUGUCAAAGCCUUACCUAAACCUCCUGGAACACCUGUGGUGACAGAAAGCACAGCAACAAGCAUAACAUUGACUUGGGACUCUGGAAAUCCUGAGCCAGUUUCUUACUACAUAAUCCAACACAAGCCUAAGAACUCUGAAGAGCCAUAUAAAGAAAUUGAUGGUGUUGCCACAACACGCUAUAGUGUGGCUGGACUAAGCCCAUAUUCAGAGUAUGAAUUUCGGGUAGUUGCUGUAAAUAACAUUGGACGAGGGCCACCCAGUGAGCCUGUGUCAACAAGGACUUCAGAGCAAGCACCUUCAAGUGCACCACGCAAUGUACAGGCCCGUAUGUUGAGCUCUACCACGAUUUUGGUACAGUGGGAAGAACCUGAGGAACCUAACGGACAAAUACAAGGUUACAGAGUUUAUUAUACUAUGGACCCUACUCAACAUGUCAACAGCUGGCUGAAACACAAUGUGGCUGACAGCCAUAUCACUACUAUUGGGAAUCUCGUGCCCCAGAAAACAUACUCUGUGAAGGUUCUUGCUUUUACUUCUGUUGGGGAUGGACCACUUUCCAGUGACAUUCAAGUCAUCACUCAAACAGGAGGUAAGGCUGUAGUGAACAAAAAGGCAAAAGUCAUAGGUGGGACAGGUGCCUGUAAUUUUGUUUUAUCCAAUGAUGUUGUUCCAGUUCCUAGUGGUCCUCCUCGCAAAGUCGAGGUAGAGGCUGUCAACUCUACUGCUGUUAAAGUGUCAUGGCGCUCACCUGUACCCAAUAAGCAGCAUGGUCAAAUUCGAGGAUACCAGGUCCACUAUGUAAGAAUGGAAAAUGGAGAGCCGAGGGGUCAGCCCAUGCUGAAGGACAUCAUGCUGGCUGAUGCACAGUGGGAAUACGAUGAUACUACUGAACAUGAAAUGAUAAUUUCUGGACUUCAGCCUGACACUACAUACUCCUUCACUGUGACAGCCUACACAACAAAAGGUGAUGGAGCACGCAGCAAGCCCAAACUUGUAUCUACUACUGGUGCAGUUCCAGGCAAACCUCGUCUUGUGAUUAGCCACACACAGAUGAAUACAGCUCUAAUUCAGUGGCACCCUCCUGUGGACACCUUUGGCCCGUUGCAGGGUUACCGCCUGAAAUUUGGUCGCAAGGAUGUGGAUACAUUUACAACCAUGGAGUUCUCAGAAAAGGAAGAUCACUUCACAGCUACAGACAUUCACAAAGGAGCUUCUUACGUCUUCAGGCUGUCAGCUAGAAAUAAAGUGGGCUUUGGGGAGGAGAUGGUUAAAGAGAUUUCUGUUCCUGAAGAAGUACCCAGUGGAUUUCCUCAAAAUCUCCACUCAGAAAGCUCUACUUCUACGUCAGUUCAAUUAACUUGGCAGAUGCCACUCUUGGCAGAGAGAAAUGGCAUUAUCACCAAAUAUACCAUCUUGUACAGAGAUAUCAAUGUUGCUUACCAGCCAAUAGAACUCCCUGUUGUUCCUGCUGAUACCACUAUGACACUUUCUGGCUUAAAACCAGAUACCACAUAUGAUGUAAAAGUACGUGCCCACACAAGCAAAGGGCCUGGUCCAUAUAGUCCAAGUGUUCAGUUCAGGACACUACCCGUGGAUCAAGCAGUGUUUGCAAAAAAUUUUCAUGUUAAAGCAGUAAUGAAGACUUCAGUUUUACUGUCUUGGGAGAUUCCAGAAAACUACAACUCAGCUUUGCCUUUCAAAAUCCUUUAUGAUGACGGCAAAAUGGUGAUGGAGGUUGAUGGACGUGCUACUCAAAAACUGAUCACUAAUUUGAAGCCAGAGACAUCGUAUUCAUUUGUGCUGACAAAUAGAGGGAACAGUGCUGGAGGUCUUCAGCACAGAGUGACAGCAAAGACUGCACCAGAUGUGCUUCGCACCAAGCCAGUCUUCAUUGGAAAAACAAACUUAGAUGGCAUGAUAACUGUGGAACUUCCAGAAGUACCUUCAAACGAGAAUAUAAAAGGCUAUUACAUAGUUAUUGUGCCUUUGAAGAGAUCUCGUGGAAAAUUUAUCAAACCAUGGGAAAGUCCAGAUGAAAUGGAACUAGAUGAGCUGCUUAAAGAGAUAGCUAGGAAACGCAGAAGCAUUCGUUUUGGGAGGGAAGCUGAAUUAAAGCCGUAUAUUGCAGCUCACUUUGAAGUUCUUCCUACGGAGUUCACACUGGGGGAUAAGAAGCAUUAUGGUGGCUUUGAGAAUAAACAACUGCAAACUGGUCAAGAAUAUGUUUUCUUUGUGUUGGCUGUAAUGGAGCACUCAGAAUCUACUAUGUAUGCAACCAGUCCAUACUCUGAUCCAGUUGUGUCCAUGGAUCUCGAUCCCCAACCAAUUACAGAUGAGGAAGAAGGCUUGAUCUGGGUUGUAGGACCAGUUCUUGCAGUGGUAUUUAUCAUCUGUAUUGUUAUAGCAAUACUUCUUUAUAAAAGGGUAAUUGGACCUCUAAACACCUUAGUUGAGUUUCCAGACUCUGUUUUGUGCAUGUCUCAAGUGCCUGUAUGCAUACCAGGCAGUGACUAUAUCAAUGCCAACUACAUAGAUGGAUACAGAAAACAGAAUGCAUAUAUAGCAACACAAGGGGCAUUGCCAGAAACCUUUGGAGACUUCUGGAGAAUGAUGUGGGAGCAACGUGGUGCAACUGUCGUCAUGAUGACAAAAUUGGAAGAGAGGUCCCGGGUGAAGUGUGAUCAGUACUGGCCAAGCAGAGGCACAGAAACUUAUGGACUCAUCCAAGUGACCCUUUUAGACACGGUUGAAUUGGCAACAUACUGUGUUCGUACAUUCGCACUUUACAAGAAUGGUUCAAGUGAGAAAAGGGAAGUGAGGCAAUUCCAGUUCACUGCCUGGCCUGACCAUGGUGUUCCAGAACACCCAACGCCAUUCUUAGCUUUCCUGAGACGUGUCAAGACCUGUAACCCACCUGAUGCUGGUCCGAUGGUAGUGCAUUGCAGUGCUGGAGUCGGCAGGACUGGCUGUUUCAUUGUGAUAGAUGCCAUGUUAGAGAGAAUAAAGCAUGAAAAGACUGUAGAUAUUUAUGGCCACGUAACUCUAAUGAGAGCUCAAAGGAAUUACAUGGUUCAAACUGAGGACCAGUACAUCUUUAUCCAUGAUGCACUGCUGGAAGCAGUGACAUGUGGAAAUACCGAAGUGCCAGCCAGAAACCUGUAUGCAUAUAUUCAGAAGCUGACACAGAUAGAAACAGGAGAGAAUGUCACAGGAAUGGAACUGGAAUUUAAGCGUCUUGCUAGCUCUAAGGCUCACACUUCAAGAUUCAUCAGUGCCAAUCUUCCUUGUAACAAAUUCAAGAAUCGCCUUGUCAAUAUUAUGCCAUAUGAGUCUACAAGAGUAUGCUUGCAACCAAUCCGAGGAGUGGAAGGGUCUGAUUAUAUUAAUGCCAGUUUUGUCGAUGGAUACAGACAACAAAAAGCUUACAUAGCUACACAGGGUCCUUUGGCAGAAACAACUGAAGAUUUCUGGAGGAUGCUGUGGGAGCAUAAUUCUACAAUUGUGGUCAUGCUUACUAAGUUACGAGAAAUGGGCAGAGAAAAAUGCCAUCAAUAUUGGCCUGCAGAGCGUUCAGCCAGAUAUCAGUAUUUUGUGGUAGAUCCAAUGGCAGAGUACAACAUGCCACAGUAUAUUCUAAGGGAAUUCAAAGUUACAGAUGCAAGGGUAAGUUGCAGCAGCAUUACUCUUUCACAUAAUUUUUAAAGAGUAUUUAAACUC